CGUGAGGCAGAGGUGGCUACGCUGUUGACAAAGAGGGUCACUAUCACACCAUGGGAUGUAGCCCAUCCAGCAGGGGAACUGGGGAGCAACCCCACCAUCCCAGAAUUUGCAGCAAAGCACAGAAGCCAACAGGCUAAAAAGAAUGCAUCUUUUACCUCGCAAAGUACGUCAGUGGUUGAAGACAGUUCUUAUGAAGGAAGGUUCCCAGAUGGUACAGAAACGCUGCCAUUACGAAAAAAAGUAAACAGUGAAAAAAAUACAGUCAUCAGCAGUGGACUUGCCACGAAACCAAUGGGCUUCACAGAAAGAGAAAGACAGACCUCAGAAGACAUCUUGGAGGAACUUAGGACACAAGGAAUAAUCAAGACGGCAAGUGGAACAUCUCAGACCAGACAAAGAGAGGAUACUUUGUUGACACCUACAGGAAGACCACCACAGAAGCCACCAGCCAAACUGGAAAAGCUUGAAAUCAAAAGAAAGAAAGAGAACAAUUUAACAGUAGAGGACAUUGAAAGCAAGACAAGAGAAGAGAAACUGAAACAAGAAUUACUAACUGACAUACCUUCACUGAUAAUUGAACAUGAAAGCAGAACUACAAGGAGUGAGAUAGACAGUGCAACUUCUGGAGUUUCAAGUAGUUUUCAAUUAUCAUCUUUAAAUUUGGACCCAAGAAGUUUGAUGCAGGAAGAAGAAGUGGAUGAAUGCUAUAGCUUUAAAGACUUCGAUGUGGUGGAAUCUGAUUUAACCUAUAACACAAUAAAUGAAACAUUCUGAC